AUGGUGGGCACUCCAACAAUGUCCAUGGCUAUGGUUCUCGUCGUGCUUUCCCUCAUGUCUUAUGGGCUCCCCUCAGCCCACGCCGAUGUCGCUUUCAUAUCCAACACGUGCAAGAAAACCAAGAACCCUGCAUUGUGCGAGGAUGUGUUGAGCUACGAUGAACAUAGCACCCAGGCCUCCACCGUGCAUGAGCUCGCCAGCAUCGCGCUGGAGAUAGCCACCGCCAUCGCAAAAUUCAAUGGCAAGAACUUCGGAGUCUGGGCCAGACACAACCAGGGCAGACCUGUGGGGGACGCUCUGCUCGCCUGCCUCAUGGCCUAUGGUGAUGCUAUAGAUAACCUCGAGGUCCUUGCCAAACAUAGUCUCCAUGUCGGGGACUAUGCCGAUGCGUUGAGGAAGGUGUUGGAGGCCAAGGCUGCCAGUGAUGUGUGCGAUAAUGCGUUCAAGCAAAUAAAAAAGGAUCCCCCUGUUGAAAGUGAUCAAAAAUGA